UGUCGAUCCCAGACGGCGUUCAGGGCAUCUCCCCCUGUCCCGGGGCGGGGAGUUCUGCCCACCAUAGCGGAGCUCAGCACAACGGGGUGGCGGAGCUGCGGAACGAGGGCUGCUCCCGGCGGUCCCUCCCCGUGCGGGGGGCGGGGGGUCCGCCCGCUAUAAGGGCGGCGGAGCGGGGCCGGGUGGCUCGAAGCGGCUCGGAUCGGCACGGCUCGACCUGAGAUCCCUCUCCAGCCACCCGGUGCCUCCAACAAGAGAUGACCACGCUCCUCAACAGCUCACUGUGCCAACACGCCAUCGAUGACUUCCGAAACCGCGUCUACUCCACGCUGUACUCCAUGAUCAGCAUCAUGGGCUUUGCUGGCAACGGCGUUGUGCUCUUUGUGCUCAUCAGGACGUUCCGGCAGCGGACGGCCUUCCAGGUGUACAUGCUAAACCUGGCCAUGUCUGACUUCCUCUGCGUGUGCACCCUCCCCCUGCGCGUGGUCUACUACGUCCACCAAGGGCACUGGGUCUUCAGCGACAUCCUGUGCAGGCUCAGCUCCUACGCUUUGUACGUCAACCUCUACUGCAGCAUUUUCUUCAUGACUGCCAUGAGCUUCUUCCGCUGCAUAGCCAUCGUUUUUCCGGUUCAGAACAUCAAUUUGGUCACGGAGAGGAAGGCUAAAUUUGUGUGCGUUGGGAUCUGGAUUUUUGUUACCCUGACGAGCGCUCCUUUUCUGAUGAAUGGGACUUACCAACACGGCAACAAGACCAAGUGCUUCGAACCCCCAGAAGACACCCAGAAGACCAACAUAAUCGUGAUCCUGGAUUUCAUCGCUCUCUUUUUGGGUUUCAUUAUCCCCUUUAUCAUCAUAACCAUCUGCUACACCAUGAUCAUAAGGACCCUCCUGAAGAACUCCCUGAAGAAGAACCAGGCCAACCGCAAGAAGGCCAUCUGGAUGAUCGUCAUCGUGACGGCCACCUUCCUGGUGAGCUUCACCCCUUACCACGUGCUGCGCACCGUUCACCUGCACGUGCUGCGGCUGCGGCGCUCCAGCUGCGAGGACACGGCCUACCUGCAGAAGUCGGUGGUGGUGACUCUGCCUUUGGCCGCCGCCAACUGCUGCUUCGACCCAUUGCUCUACUUCUUCUCGGGGGGCAACUUUCGGAAGAGGUUGACCACCUUCAGGAAGGCUUCCUCCUCCAGCGUCACGCAAGCCUUCAGGAAAAAGUUCUCCCUAAAAGAGAGAGACGAUGAACCUUUGGGGGAAAGCAGUAAGGAGAACGGGAACGGCCCUGCGGUCGCAUCGUAACGCGGUGCGACCUUCCUGUGGGAUCUCAGAUGGGAAUGGAGAUCUCUAAUCUCUUCCAAUAGAUGGGAGCCUUCACUGAAUUCCAAAAUAGACACAAAGUUUUAUUUACGCGGCAGAGGUCAAGACGAUUCCUGCCCCGCUCCCAGAUGCUUUUGCUUUGGACUUCAGUUUCAAAAUGCAGUGUGCGUGUGGGGCUCGCAGGAUCAGUGCCUGUAUCUGGAAAUCCCGGGUCGGGCCUCAUCCCCUUCAUCCACCCUGCAAGAAACAGCCCUGAGUGCUGGGGCAGCGCGUCUGCAGCGGCCGAGCAGCAGCAGCUUCGGGGGAACUGCCUGUGAUUGCAGCCUGGAUGCAUCUCCAGAGGCACAGUGGUGCCUUGCUACUGCUGAGAGGGGUAAGGAUUGGAUCUGCUUCCUUCUUUAUCCAAGGAGGUUGCAGAUGCCCCAUCCCUGCAGGCAUUCAAGGCCAGGCUGGAUGUGGCUCUGGGCAGCCUGGGCUGCUGGUUGGUGACCUGCACACAGCAGGGGGUUGGAACAGGAUGAGCGCUGUGCUCCUUUGCAACCCAGGCCACUCUGUGAUCCUCUGAUUCUAUGAAUUCCUAAAGAAAUGUUCUUUGUGGAAGCACCUUCGAAGUUAUGGUAGCCCAGCACGCAUUUGAAAUGUAUUACUGGUCUUGUAAUGAUGGCUGUGGAAUCUGGGUUAUCAUUCCAGUUCUUCAUGACUUUUGCCUAAAAGCAGAGCUCUGGGUGCCCAGAGCCCAGGGCAUGAUCAGGCCUUUCUGAAGCACUGAUUAAGUUUGAAGAACAAAUACAGUGGUAUUCACAGUUUUAAAAAACAGCCAACUGUGAUGCACGCCUGGUCCUGUUCAGAAGUGCUCUGGUGAACACCUUGCAGAAAAGCUGCAACCCAAGGCUCUGCAGGGACCUGGAUUGACCUGGCCAUCGAGAGCCAGAGAGCUGACAGGGAGAUGUGACCGAUGUCAUUCUGAGCUCAGGAUGAUGGAAACACAGACUGGAAAGAGAAACCUCCAGAUCCUGGGCCUAAGGAGCCAUUCCUGUGGUUCCCCAGUUAAACCCACUGUAAAUGAAUCAGUGCUGCGUUGUUUUGGUGGAGUCCAAAAUUAGGACACAGCAUCAGACAGAAAUGGCCUUAAUCCUACAGGAAUUUUGUAGUUGAGAAAGAGCAGUUGCUAAUGGACUGCAAUGGGGUGGUAUUUAAGAGGUUAUUUGGUGUCAUCUUAAGGAAAGGAAUGAUGUUAUACCUAGGCAGAAAUCGCUGUGAAAAUGUGAUUUGGAAGCAAGCUUUGGAAUAUGUAGAAAAUAACAUCUACUUUCCCAAAUUUUAAAAUACUGUGCACUGUAUGGUAGAAGUAGAUAUAUAUGUAUAUGUUGCAAAGCAUUUUUGUUCUAGAAUUAUU